CGUGCGCCGAAAGCGCUCUGCCACCGGCACAUCUCUAUAUAAGUGGAGCGUACUUGAUCGAACUCCAAACAUUCCUGUUGCAGUCGCCCUCAGAGAAGGAUUACCAGCGAGAGAAAACCAACAAGCCCGAGGAUAAUACCCCACAGGAUAUCAACUAUAAUCUAAGCCAAGCAAACAUGUUCACCCAAUCCAUGCUGAGAUUCUCCGCUGUGUUGGUCGUGGCUCUCAUUGCUGUCUGCCACACCAGUCCCGUUCCCGUCCCCGUCCCAGACGAGGACUACAAUGGCAAGUAUACGGUUUCAGGGCAAAAUUCUAACGCCGGCAAGUACAGGUCACUGGAUGACGGACGGUACCAUCCCAGUUCCCAGAAUGAAGGCCGCAGUGGUGCAGUGGAUAGUUUAGGUCGUUACCAACACAUGCCACAGCCCUACACUCAUGUGACGGAUCACCGCGAACUGGGAGCUUACCAUCACGUGCCCUAUCCCUACGACGGUGGCUAUGGGCCCUAUGCCGGGCUCAAUAAUCCCUACGUCCACGAUGCCAGGCCCUACAACCACGAUUUGUACACAUCCACGACGACAACAACGACCAAGAAGCCGACUACAACCACGAAGCGGACAACAACCAGCACCACCACGACCACGACCACGCCGAGGAACAUCCUCUUCAACUACGAUGAUGAGGGUCGCCACAAGAUUCUGCACCAGGAAGAGAUCCGCAAGAAGGACAAAUACGAUCAUGCUUUCCUGACCGAGAACGGCAUCUACGGCGAGGAGCAGGCCAAGCUCCAUCACACCGGCGGCACUCACGCCAAGGGUUACUACGAGUACACCGGCGAUGAUGGCAAGCUGUACCGCGUCAACUACGCCUCCAACGAUGGUGGCUUCAUGCCCGAGGGCGAUCACAUUCCCACUCCUCCGCCCAUUCCGGAGGCCAUUGCGCGCGCCCUCAAGUACGUGGAGGAGCAGCACAAGGCCAAUGGCGGAGCCCAGUUCGAUCAUCGUGGCUUCCGCAUCAACCACAUGACCAAGGACAUCAAAGCCCAAAUCAAGUCCAUGCAUCUGGAGCGCAUGCCCAAGGAGCUGGGCGACCAGAUCCGUAUGCUCCAGCACGAGGUCGAGCUGGCCGAGGAGGAGGAGCGCGAGGAGGAGCGUGCCGAGCAGGAGAGGCUGGAGCGCCAACGACUGGCCCAGUAGGCCUGCUCCCAGACUCUGCCUCAUCAACAGCCACAAGGUCCCUCUACCUCUCACUCCCCCCACCCAUCCGAACAGUCCUAGUCCAACCACCCACACCCACACCCCACCAUUCCCUUGCAUUUGCCGAGUAAAUAUCGGGCAAACCCUAUAACAAGCCAUCAAAAAC